UUGUAUAGAGCUGAUGUGUUUCCUGUCACUGUGGGCACCAGAGCACAGUAAUACACAGCAGAGUCUGACACUCCAGCAGAGGAGAUCUCCAGAUACACAUGGGUUUGUUCCUUUUUUUCAACUUCAACAGUGAAUCUUGGAUCUACAGCAGACACCUGAGCUUCUUUUGCACUUCCAAAGGUAUCGAGGGACUUCCCUGCGAGUUGCAGAGAAACUUUUCAUUAAUGGGGGAUUUGGAUAAUAGAACUGAAGAGAAAAAAGCAGAGAUAAGUGAACUAGCUUCUGAGUAUAUUGGAAAUGUUAGAAAUAUGCCAUCCGAGGAGCGUGUCCAGCAUUUAAAGAAGAUUGAAAAUGCCUACAGCAAAUGCAAAGAGUACAGCGAUGACAAAGUUCAGCUUGCAAUGCAGAUAUAUGAAAUGGUGGAUAAACACAUUCGGCGGUUGGAUGCUGAUCUUGCACGCUUCGAGAAUGAUCUGCAGGAAAAACUGGACUCAGGUAGCCCGGAUAGCUCUGAUGAAAAGCAAUCUCGAAAGGAUAAGAAUAUAAAAGACAAGAGGGGAUCUAAUGGAAGAGAAAAGAAAGGAUCAGAUCAAGACUCACCCAAGCAGAAAAAACUGAAAGCUGGUUCCAACAUAAGUGAAUCUCUGCUUGCCAUGCAUCCAUCAGAUGUCCUGGAUAUGCCAGUAGACCCUAAUGAACCCACAUAUUGUUUGUGUAGUCAAGUAUCAUAUGGAGAAAUGAUUGGAUGUGACAAUUCUGAUUGUCCAAUAGAAUGGUUUCACUUUGCCUGUGUCGGCCUAACAACCAAACCAAAAGGAAAAUGGUACUGUCCCAGAUGUACCCAAGAUAUGAGAAAAAAAUAGCAUAUUACAUGUAUCCUGAAUCAAAUAUCUAGUCCCUUUCUUGGUUAAUAUCCUAAUCAGUGGAAAUCAAUUGACUUUUUGUAUCAGUGCCUUUCUUCUUUGCUAUGUAGAUGACCAUGAAUGUAACAACGGGAAGAAUAAAAUGUAUUUUCCAGUUGCUGCCAGCAGAGGGUUUGGAUCUCUUUUUCAUAGCUUUAAAAAUAAAGUUUAUUUAUGAUGACGCUCA